GUUCUGCAGCACCCCGAACAGUAAAAGCAUUUGCAGCAUUAUCAACGGUCUGCUAGUAUCAGGUGAGAAGACAUAAUUUACCUUAAUGGAAAAAAAUACAGUUUUAUCAUCAAAGGAGAUUUUUCAUGUGACGUUUUUUGGGAAUUAUGGUGAAUUGCAGUUGAACUUUGAGUCUUAAGGAUAAUCACCUAUGGUGUUAAAUGAGGAAGAUGGACCAGAGACAAAGAUCUCCAUUUCAAAUGGCAACAAUUGUUGUAGUGAACAUAAUCCUAUGGAUGAUACUGAUAUCAGCCAUAGGGAUGGGCACUAUGCACCUGAAUGACUGCCCCAUCCAACCGAACAUUCCAGUGUUUCUCAUAGUGACCGGGGUGUUUGGCCUUCUUUCUCUGAUGCUGACCUACACCAAGAACAUAUUCGAAGAAGGCGGAAUCUACUUGCUAUGCUCCAUAUGCAGCAUCAUCUCUUCCACUUUUGUAAUCUUCUGGCUUAUUGCAGGAAGCAAAUGGAUCUACUUCUUGUACCAACCAAACUACGACCCUCUGAGCAAAGACGGCUUUUGCCAGAAGAAACUGUACCUCUUUGCGUUUGGGUUCACCUGUGUGGCUGACCUCUGCCUGUCCCUGGUACUCAUCUGUACUCUCCUGCUCCUGCUCGUCAGCUGCAUCAAAACCCUCCUCCAACCGAGCCCUGGAUUCACCUCAUAUAACAGGGCAUACACAGAAAUCUGAUCAUUUAGUGGACAACAGUGUUGUUAUCGUUCAUAAGGAGUUAAAAUAAUCAGUGCUGAGAGAUGUAUAAAUGUAUCAUUUUAUUUUAAACUUACCUAAGCGCAUCAUGCUUCGUGCAUUAUGCUUAUCUAGUGCCAUGUUGCUUUAAGGCAUCACACUCUCUGUCUCCACUGUCAUGCACACAUGUUCCAUUAAACAGUGUGUGAAUGAAUCAAAUGGACAUAUUCUGCUUGUUGCAAUCACUCUGGAGUAUGUCUGUGCGGCUAUCUCCUCCAUCACAGAUAUUAGAAUCAUUGGUUCAAGUAAAUUGAAAAGGCCCACAAUAAAUCCUCCCCACCUCCCUCUGAGUGAGGUAAUCACUCAGGAAGUUGAGUGGGAUGGGGCAUAGGAGCAUUGCCUCAUUGAAAAAAAGGACUGUCAUUGGCUCAGCCCUCAUUACACAGCAACCAUGACAUUUUGUCUUCAAUGCACACAAACGUGCCCAAUGGAGCAUACCACUUCCUUUAGAGUUCUAAGGUUGGAUCAAACUGUGCAAUAUUGUAGAACAUGUCUAGUAUGUCACAUGUUAAUGCACAGUCUUUGGUCUGUAUAACACAUAAUAAAUGACCUACACAGUCACAGUCUACAAUAUAUUUCUAAUAAAGUAAUUAACAAAAAAUCAAACAAAUCCUUCUCAACUUCUCAGUAAUGAUAGUCAUUAACCUAUGGAGUCUUCCGAUGUUACCUCAAAACUAUACUGUAUUCUGCAUUAUAGCAUCAGAGUAUAGCAUCACCG